AUGGGUGAUGAGAGUAGAGAGAAGGGUGAUGAGAGUAGGGAGAAGGGUGAUGAGAGUAGGGAGAAGGGUGAUGAGAGUAGGGAGAAGGGUGAUGAGAGUAGGGAGAAGGGUGAUGAGAGUAGGGAGAAAGGUGAUGAGAGUAGGGAGAAGGGUGAUGAGAGUACGGAGAAGGGUGAUGAGAGUAGGGUGAAGGGUGAUGAGAGUAGUGAGAAGGGAGAAGGGAAUCGCAAGGGUGGUGAGAGUAGGGAGAAGGGUGAUGAGAGAAGGGAGAUGGGAGAUGAGAGUAGGGAGAAGGGUGGUGAGAGUAGGGAGAAGGGGGAUGAGAGUAGGGUGAAGGGUGAUGAGAGUAGGGAGAAGGGUGAUGAGAGUAGGGAGAAAGGUGAUGAGAGUAGGGAGAAGGGAGAUGAGAGUACGGAGAAGGGUGAUGAGAGUAGGGCGAAGGGUGAUGAGAGUAGUGAGAAGGGAGAAGGGAAGCGCAUGGCUGAUGAGAGUAGGGAGAAGGGUGAUGAGAGAAGGGAGAAGGGAGAAGGGAGAAGGGAGAAGGGAGAUGAGAGUAGGGAGAAGGGUGGUGAGAGUAGGGAGAAGGGUGAUGAGAGUAGGGUGAAGGGUGAUGAGAGUAGGGAGAAGGGUGAUGAGAGUAGGAAGAAGGGUGAUGAGAGUAGGGAGAAGGGAGAUGAGAGUGGGGAGAAGGGUGAUGAGAGUAAGGAGAAGGGUGAUGAGAGUAGAGAGAAGGGUGAUGAGAGUAGGGAGAAGGGUGAAGAGAGUAGGGAGAAGGGUGAUGAGAGUAGGGAGAAGGGUGAUGAGGGUGGGGAGAAGGGUGAUGAGAGUAGGGAGAAGGGUGAUAAAAGUAGGGAGAAGGGAGAUGAGAGUAGGGAGAAGGGUGAUGAGAGUAGGGAGAAGGGUGAUGAGAGUAGGGAGAAGGGUGAUGAGAGUAGGAAGAAGGGAGAUGAGAGUAGGGAGAAGGGAGAUGAGAGUAGGGAGAAAGGUGAUGAGAGUAGGGAGAAGGGAGAAGGGUGA